GAUUUUCUUUCUAAGCUCGGGUGCGUAUUUAUCCCUCGCAAUCUCUCUGGCAUAAUAUACGUCUCGUUGCAAACAAACGGCCCCUGGAUUUGCUCGGGAAAAUCAGUAUUCCUCGCAAGCUUGCAACGUGCAAGCUGCACUACCUUGGCUCAAGAAACCACGUUGCGGAUACUUCAUGUGCUUAUAGAAGGGCGACGAACGGGUCCACUACAAGCUUUCCAUUAUACAUCUACCAACAAGUCUAUGAACGGCUCUGGCUCCGAACUACUGGCUACCCUCGCAAGAGGUGGUCCCUGGUCCAACCAACACCCAUUGCCCGCCCCUUUCAGUCUCAAGUUUCCAGAGGAUCGUUUGCAGGUUCUGACGGUCUUGACUGUCAUCUCGAGCUGUUCAAUGGCCGUUACAACGUUACUAGGCAUUUAUUUAUUUAUACAGCAACGAAAGGGUCGAUCUAGUAUUCCCUGGUCUGGCUUAAGGAGCCCGUCGUCUCCCAAGGCGCAAGUGGUCAUUCUUUUCCUACACCUGUUUGUGGCGCAAGUCAUUCAGUCAAUGGCUUGGUUGUUCUCAUCCGUCCAUCUCGCAAGAGGCUCUAUACAAUCUCCAUCGCCAGGAUGCACGACACAAGCACUCUUACAAACCACGGGAGCGCAUUUAUCGCAGGCGUCUGUCUCUGCCAUCGCAGUCCACUCUGCAUUGGUCAUCUUUAGGCUGCGCGUCGUCUCUUUGAAGAUAUUUGGGUGCCUCUUGGCGAGCAUGUGGUUCUUCCCGCUCAUACUUGGCCUCGUUGUCCCUGUCGCUCUGGACCACUUCUAUGCCGUGCCCUACCUCUCCUUUGCCAAGGUGUCAUGCUUUCUCAAUCCACUGUACCUGAAUGAGUUCAUCUGGCUGGUGGACGUACCUCUUUUGUUCCAUUUGGUCAUCGCUUUGAUGGCCUAUCCAAUCAUCAAUGUACGUCUGUCUAGACAGCUGCGGCAGCUUCAGUCAUUUGGCUCCCGACUCCCUUCCGUCUCGGGUCUCAAAAGGGACGACGACAUUGUACGCACUUCUCGCAGACUCUUGAUUUUUCCGCUGGUCACAGUGCUGGGCAAUAUUCCCUUCAUGUUCCUCGUUAUCAUUCAAUUAACUGCCAAGGAGGUCCAGUGUUUCACGAGAGAUCUGUGGCCCCAGGCCCUUGGCAGUUGUUGCCUUGCGUUGGUCCCCAUCAUCAAUACACUAAUUUACUUCUUUUCCAAUCCCUUGUUCAAGCGAUCGACAGACGCGCGACGCAAUACGCUCAUGACCAUUCGGACCCGACGAGAUACAACGAUGGCUAGCGUUCCAGAUGUAUUCGAAUUGCAAGACCAGAGUCCUCCCUUGCCAAAGCAAGCUUCAGCGGGCUCAACAGAUUCAGAGCUCAAAUGCGGGAGCACAAAGAGCAAUAUGUCUGGAUUUCAUGGAGGGUGCGAGGGGACAUUCUUCUGUCAAGUCGCAGUGAGUGUUCCACCACGCUCCGGGAAAGUGGUGGCCUCAUUCCCAUGAACUAUUCCAUCAGCUCAAUACAUUCAACCUUACAGUCUGUACAGCACGUAUUUAAUCAACCUUGUAAUUGCAAUUUGACAACGAACAACUCAUGCUAUGCGGCUGAACUAUGGAUACCGCGAAGUCUGGCAAACAGUUUGAUAAGCAAAUAGGACAAGAGACAGAUGCGAGUGGGUUGCAUACCUGGAUGCACAGCGAAUGAAACAAAUGCGUAAUGUAGUGGAUAACAGAGACAUCAGAACAUGCCAGCA